AGUUUCCCCGUACAAGACCUUAUAAAAUUGCGUAUGCGGAAACAUUGGAAGCUUAUUUUUACAGACAGAGUAACGUCUUCCCUUCCUCUUUGCAACCUCUUAAUUAAGAUGGAGGCCCUGUCUUCCUCCUUCCUUCCCAGAUUUCCUGAUUGCAACGUUUCAUCAGCUGUCGGGAUUGCGAAGAACCCUCAAACGAAAAUCAUUGCCAUUUAUUCCUUCACCAAAUUUUACGAGUCUUUAAUGAAGCUUAUAUCAAAUUCUGCUGAAAGAAUUAAGUUCAAGACUAUGCACAUGCACCCAAUUUCGAAGAACAAGACGGAAAAGCAAUCGUUACUUGCGAAUAUGUUCAGGUCAGUCGAUGAUUUUAUAUGCAACCACCUUGACUUACCCCUUCGUCCAUCCAUUGAUCCCCAACAUGUACUUUUCGGCAACUUUGCUCCGGUGGAUGAACUUCCUCCGACUCCCUGUGAGGUGGUGGAAGGCUCCCUUCCGAGUUGCCUGGAUGGAGUAUACCUGCGCAAUGGCCCCAAUCCUCAGUUCAUCCCCCGUGGCCCAUACCACCUCUUCGACGGUGAUGGGAUGCUUCACAUGAUCAAGAUCUCUCGAGGGAAAGCCACGUUUUGUAGUCGCUAUGUCAAGACUUACAAAUACAUGGUUGAGUGUGAUCUCGGCCAUCCCUUCUUCCCAAGUAUUUUCUCCUCCUUCAAUGGUCUCGUGGCGUCAAUGGCACGAAUGGGGCUAAAUGUUGCCCGGGUACUCACUGGACAGUUCGAUCCUGUAAUUAACGGCAUUGGCACGGCAAACACUAGUGUGGCCCUCAUCAGCGGAAAAUUAUAUGCUCUAGGUGAGUCUGAUCUCCCCUACGAGAUAAAAGUGACAUCAAAUGGAGAUAUCAGAACUAUUGGCCGCCAUGAUUUUGACAGUAGCGAGCCCUUCAUGAGGAUGACUGCCCACCCAAAAGUCGAUCCAGACACUGGCGAAACGCUUGCUUUCAGAUUCCACCUGGUUCCUCCAUUCUUGACAUUUUUCAGAAUUGGUUCUGAUGGAAGGAAAAGAGCAGAUGUGCCCAUCUUCUCCAUGAAGUCUACAGCAAUGAUCCAUGACUUUGCCGUGACAAAAAAUUAUGCCAUAUUCAAUGAUGGGCAGAUGGUCAUAAGCCCUGUGGAGAUUUUGAGAGGACGAUCCCCAAUGAGAUUUGAUCCUGUUAAAGUGCCGAGGCUGGGCGUUAUCGACCGAUACGCUAAAGAUGAGAGUGGAAUGUGGUGGAUUGAUGUGCCCGGAUUCAACAUGUUACACGCAGUGAAUGCGUGGGAAGAAGACGAUGGUGAGACCUUAGUGGUGGUGGCCUCUAAUCUUUCAUCACUUGAACUGGACUUGGGGCGUCUGGAUUUGGCGCAGUCGAAGUUGGAGAAACUGAAAAUAAGUGUCAAGGCCAAGAAGCUGGUCAUGAGGCAUCCCUUGUCCAUCAAAUCACUUGACUUCGGAGUCAUAAAUCCAGUUUAUGCCGGAAAGAAGAAUAGGUAUGCCUAUGCUGUAGUAAUAACGCCAAGGAUGGGAAUGGAGGUGGUGAAGUUAGAUUUAUCACUAUCUUCAAAAGAUUGCGAGGACUGUGUAGUCGGCAGCCGCAUGCACGAGCCAGGGUGCAUCGGCGGCGAACCUUUCUUCGUGCCAAAUGAUCCGGCUACAGACGAGGACGACGGUUUCCUGGUUACAUAUGUACAUGACGAGAUGACUCAAGUAUCCAAGUUCUUGGUAAUGGACGCCAAGUCCCCUACGCUACAAAUUGUUGCUGCAGUUAAUUUACCCCGAAGAGUGCCCGCUGGCUUCCAUGGACUCUUCGUGAGCCAAAGUCACCUCACCAAACUGUGCAGGAACGAUUGAUCUGCUUGAUCAUGUUUUACUAUGUUCUUGACAUCAAUUAUCGUAAAUCAAAGUAAAUUUAUUCGACUUUA